GCUUAUUGGUUCCGGGAGCAGCCAUGCUUGGACCCCCGACAUCCCGUUGAUGAUGUGACCUGCAAAAUCAAACUCAACAUUGGUGUGAUGCCCUGCCAAACACCCUCUGAUACUCAAGUUAGAACUUGAUUGGGAAGAACUAAGAGGAGGGCAAGAAUAUGGUGCAAGACUUUGCAAGUUACGCACAUGCUGUCACACCAUCCUCCAUCGACCACGUCUCCGAGCGGUGAUUUCGAGCCGAAUUUUCAUUUUCAAGACUUGAAUCCAGGCAUUGAUAUUGCAGAGAGCUUCACAAGCCUGCAGCCCUACCAUUGCAGCAAAUUGGGCCAGAAAUUUGGAGAAACCAAAGAGGAGGAGGCCUCAGGUUCUUCUCCCAAAUGCACUGAAGAUUUGGACAAGUUUUCUCAAAGCUGUUGUUGCAGCAAGAUUCAUCCUACUGUUAAUGUUUCUUCAAGGAAGCCAUUGAUGGCAGAGUUUUCAAGCUCUUUGGGAUUUGACCAAAGCCUUUCUUUUGCUUCUUCACAUUAUCUUAUGCAACAAUCAAGGGCCUCAUCUCUUCUUACUAAAAUGCCAAACCAUGAAAUUUCCCAAGCAAAGAGACCUUGUACCCUGAAGCAGCAAAAGCCAACUCAAGCCACUCCCAAGAGAACGCGAGUGGAGCCACGCGCCACUUGCCCUCCUUUGAAGAUUAGGAAGGAGAAAUUAGGAGAUAGAAUUGCAGCACUUCAGCAAUUAGUAGCACCCUUUGGUAAGACUGACACAGCAUCAGUUUUAAUGGAGGCUAUAAGUUACAUAAAUUUCCUUCAAAACCAAGUUGAGAUGCUAAGCCACUCUUACAUGAAAUCAUGUCGUCACAGAAACUACAAAACGAUGUGUCGGGAUGGGCUAAACGAGGAGAAUAAAGAGGGUGAAAGUGAUCUAAAAGGUAAAGGAUUAUGUUUAGUGCCAUUGGCGUCGAUUUUUGAUUUGCCGGAAGAAACUGGCGGUGGCGGAGGCGGAGGCGGUAGAAUCGGCGGCAUUUGGGGGCCGUUGGCGGUGGCGAACUUCAAUCGGAGAACAUUUUGAUGUUAAGUAUAAGGAUUUGUAAAUAUUUGAGAAGUAAAAAAUUAUUAAUGUGGAGUAACUUUGGUCCUCUUUGAAAUAAAUUAGGUGAAGAUUGGUCCAACCAUGAGCCAUUAGUAAGUAAUCGAUGGUUUUGUAAAUGAUUUCAUACUGCAACU